AUGAAUUUGGAGGGCGCCGGCGGCGGCUGCCGGGGUGGAGAGUUCGGUAUGAGCUCAGUGAGCUGCGGUAAUGGCAAACUCCGCCAGUGGCUAAUCGACCAGAUCGACAGCGGCAAGUACACGGGGCUCGUGUGGGAGAACGAUGAGAAAAGCGUCUUCAGAAUCCCCUGGAAACACGCGGGCAAACAGGACUACAACCGGGAGGAGGACGCCGCGCUCUUCAAGGCUUGGGCGCUGUUUAAAGGCAAGUUUCGGGAAGGCAUCGACAAACCCGACCCUCCCACUUGGAAGACGCGGCUGAGAUGUGCCUUGAACAAAAGCAAUGACUUCGAAGAACUAGUUGACCGCAGUCAGUUGGACAUCUCCGAUCCCUACAAAGUCUACCGGAUUGUUCCUGAGGGGGCCAAGAAAGGAGCAAAGCAGCUGAGCCUGGAGGAACCGCAGAUACCCAUGGGCCACCCUUACGCGAUGCCAAGUCCUUACUCCUCACUGCCCCCUCAGCAGGUGCCCAACUACGUGAUGGCUCCCCACGAUCGGGCCUGGAGGGAUUAUGUCCCUGACCAACCACACCCCGAAAUCCCCUAUCAGUGCCCCAUGUUUGGACCCCGAAGCCACCACUGGCAAGGCCCAGCGUGUGAAAAUGGUUGCCAGGUGACAGGAACCUUUUAUGCUUGUGCCCCGCCUGAGUCCCAGGCCCCUGGGAUCCCCCUUGAGCCAAGCAUAAGGUCAGCCGAAGCCUUGGCUCUCUCAGACUGCCGCCUCCACAUUUGCUUAUACUACCGGGAUGUCCUGGUGAAGGAUUUGACCACAUCCAGCCCCGAAGGCUGCCGGAUCUCCCACGGUCACACGUAUGAUGCCAGUAACCUGGACCAGGUGCUGUUUCCCUACCCUGAGGACAGCGCACAGAGGAAGAACAUCGAGAAGCUGCUGAGCCACCUGGAGAAAGGUGUGGUGCUGUGGAUGGCACCCGAUGGGCUGUAUGCCAAGAGACUAUGCCAGAGUCGCAUCUACUGGGAAGGGCCCCUGGCCAUGUGCACUGACCGGCCCAACAAGCUGGAGAGAGACCAGACAUGCAAGCUCUUCGACACGCAGCAAUUUCUAUCAGAGCUGCAAGCAUUUGCCCAUCACGGCCGAGCCUUGCCUAGAUUCCAGAUCACCUUGUGCUUCGGGGAGGAAUUUCCGGACCCACAGAGGCAGCGGAAGCUCAUCACAGCACAGGUGGAACCUCUACUCGCCAGACAACUAUUUUAUUUUGCGCAACAAAACAGUGGACAUUUCCUGCGAGGCUACGAUUUACCAGAACACAUCAGCAGUGCAGAGGAUUAUCAUAGAUCCAUCCGCCACUCUUCUAUUCAAGAAUGA